AUGUCGUCGCAGACCAUGACUGCGCCAGCCGUGGGCCAUCGACCGCCUGAUCCAGGCCCCGAUAGCCCUAUGUACGACUAUGGCUGCUCCCCGAACAAUACACCCCCUUCCAACCCUCGAAACGACUCCGCAAUCCGCGACAUGCAGAAGAAUUCUGCCCCGUCAACCCCAAACGGCAUGUCCGCCCCAGACGUCGGAAUCAAGACUGAAUGCUCGGAUAGCCAGGACCUGUCUGCCGCGCAACACCAACAAGAAACAAAUACCCAGAAUGCUGCCAGUGCGCUACUGGCUCAACUUCUUGGGAACCAGUCGGCGCCAAAUUCUGCCCCGGCGGCAAUGGGAAACUCUGGACAGGGCGAGGACCAGGAUAUGGACAUGGAUAUCAAGAUGGAUGAUUCAAUCGCCCACCCAUUCGACAUGAGCGACCAAAAUGCUCCGCCAAUUGAUCCCAGUUUGCAACACGACUCGACGAUAUCCCGGGAGAUCCAAGAUAUGCUGAAUGGGAAAGCUUUGGGCGACGAGCUGAUGGGCGCAAAUGCGAUGAACCAUGCGGAAUUCAACACUCAUGCCAUGGGUACACUCACAGAUCCUCUUAACCUCAAGCAAGACGCAGAAGAGCCAUCUCUCCUGCCGCCUUUGGACUUUACCACCGCCCCGAAAAACGCCUUCGAAGCCCUCCAUCAAAACGAAAUGCUCACAGCCGCCUUUCUUUCGCAAAACCCCGACCUGUCGGCACUCGGAUACCCGGAUGGGGCGGCGUCAAUUGCGGGCUCGGAGCCCAAGAUCCAAGCAUUCGCCAAACUGGAGUUUGACGACGGCCAUUUCUAUGUAAACACCUACUCAUUCAUCCUAGGGCGAGACGUGCGCGCAGCCCGCGCCGCCCACCAUCGAGAGUUCCAGUACCGGCAGGCCGUGCGAAGCUCUCGAGCGAAGAGCUCCAGCGGAGGAAACACGGCACAUACACCGAACCGUAUGAAGCGGGAAGAAAGCGCUGCGAUGAUGGGUAGCGUUGUCAGCGACCGCGGAGGUAUCAUGGGCUUCGAUCCAGAUGUUCCUCCGCACUUGCCGGGCAACUUCAACCCAAGCCGCCGGUCUUCAAGAUCCUCAUUUGACGAUGCCGUGGUGCCUCUUCAUGCGAACCCGGCGCAAUUACAAUCAACCACCGACUACAACGCACUGGCAAUGCAGUCUCUACAGGAUGGCAACGGGGAGGCAAAGCCUGUUGAUGCGCUAGCUCUUCUCCCGUCCCCGGACUCUUGUCCCACGAUCCCAAUCCAUCCCCCAACGACUGUUGACGGCAGUGCGGCUGGUCACCGUGGCAUUUCUCGUAGGCAUGUGCGGAUUUCAUACAACUUCGAUAAGAAUUUGUUUGAGAUGGAAGUGAUGGGACGCAACGGAGCGUUCAUCGGGGCUGAUUGGCUUUCACCAGGGCAGCUUCGUCCUUUGCACAGCGGUGACUACAUUCAGAUCGGUGGUGUACGCAUCCGUUUCUUGCUGCCGGAUGUUCCUAUUGGCGAAACUGGUGCCGAUCGGAUGGAAGAGAAGGUGGAAGAGGAGGCCCAGAAAGCGGAGGAGGAAGAUGAUGAAAAAGAUGCCCGUGCCUCAAUCGAAGUCGAUGAAGAAAUCGAUGAAUCAGAGAGACUUGGCAGCGAUAGCGGCGAGAGUCGGGAGCCUUCCAGCAAGGCGUCUAGGCUCAUACUCAAGACGAAAGACAGCAAAGCGUCCCAGGCGAUGGAUUCCAUGGAAGAUAACGACUCGCAGCCGGCGCGCCGGCGGGGACCUGGACGCCCGCCCAAGGAUGGCAUCAUGUCCAAGCGCGAGCGAGCCGAACUUGCUCGUGAACAGAAAAUUGCAGCUAAGCGCGAGGCCAAUGGUGGUGUUACACCACCUCCGCUGAAGGUGCCCAAGGCCGGAAAGACUGUCGCGAAGGAGCCUGUUAUCCCUGAGUCACCAACCAACAAACCAGCAGAGAAGCGGAAAUACACCAAACGAAAGAAGCUUGAUGGAACACCAAUGGACUCUCCGAUCCCCUCAACGGAGGGUGGCCAGAUGUCCACCGAGCCGCGGCAGGAGGAAUACGUCAAACCACCCCCAGUCAAGAAGCGCAAGCCUUCAAGGUCGCCAUCUCCCAACUAUCCUCCGGAAUCUGCUUACACUCCGGAGGAUCUGGCGAAACCUCCUUACAAUUAUGCCGUACUCAUCUUUGAUGCGUUGACGGAGGCUGGAACGCCAAUGACAUUGAAGCAGAUAUACCGUGCGCUGAAACUGAAGUACCCCUACUUCCGCUUCAAGUGUGAGACAGAGGGAUGGACAUCCAGUGUGCGACACAACCUCAAUGGCAAUGGCCACUUGUUCAUGCACGCAGAACGAGACGGCAAGGGAUGGUCCUGGCAACUUAUUCCAGGCGCAUCGGUUGAGAAGGAAAAGAAGCGACGCCCGUCGCCGCCGCCCCAAGCUUCUCAUCCUCCGACGCCUGCUCCCCAGCAAUACAUCCCACAAUUGUCCCAUUCAUACGCGCCUCCACAAGCUCCUCCACCCAUGCCGAAUCCGUCACAGCAUUUCCAGUUUCCAUCCAUCCCGCCGGCUCCUUUCCCGGCAUCUGUAUCUGUGGCAACACCUCAAACACAUACCAGCCCCUACGCACCUUCACCAAAGGCCUCCGUGCCUGCUCCAUCCGCUCCGCCUCCACCACCUUCUGCUCCUGUUCAAGCCUCAACGCCCGUUUCGGCUCCUACUCCUGCCCCUGCUUCGGCUCCUGCUCCUGUGGCUCCUCCUCCUGCUGCUGCUGCUCCUCCCGUCUCAACACCGGCACCGGCACCGGUACCGACUGCUGCGCCUAUAUCUACUCCCAUCCCGUCACCCGCGCCAACGCCGGUUCCGGCUUCAGUGCCUGCUCCUGCGCCUGCGCCAGCACCUACACCGGCACCGGCGCCGGCCCCGCCAAAAAUCAAUCCUGCUGCGUCUUUCUCCAUUCCCAGCACCAUUCGCAGCAACCUUCCCGCUGCCUUUGCAGCAACCAUCCCAUCUACAUAUACCUCACCUUAUGCAUCCACACCGACCCCCCAGAGUAGUCAGCAGCAACAGCCGGCUCAGCCUCAGCGGCCUCCCCAGGGACCACCAAAGCAUCAUUCACCUUAUAUGCCCCAGAAACCGCCACCUCCUCAACCACCUCACUCCAAUCCUCCUCGGGCCUUCCCUCCGCCUAGUGCGCCUCAAUAUCAAUCUCAGCAUCAGCCACCGGUGCCGCAGCAAUCACAGCCACUGCCACAUCCGCCGCAGCACUCGAUGCCGCAGCACCAGAUGCCGCAGCACCAGCACCAGCACCAGCACCCGGGCCAGCAUCAGCAUCAGCACCAGCAUCAGCACCAACAUCAGCCUCAACAUCAGCCGCAACAUCAGCAUCAGCCGCAGCAUCAGCCGCAACAUCAACAGCAGCACCAUAUGCCGCCUGGAAUGCCGGCCCAUCACCAGCAGCAGCAGCUUCCACCGCAAAGCCAACCGGAGACAUCAACCUUCAUUGACCGAGCCAACAAGGCCAUUGAUGACUUCGAAGCUGUUCUGAUGGAAGAUUACGAGGACAAGAACUACAUUCGGGAAGUUCUCCGGAGCGCGCGCGCCCGUGUUCUAGGCAACGCUCCCGAGAGUUCCUUCCCCGGUGGCGAGCCCAAGGACGAGGCAGUCAUCAUGGAUGUGCUUCGCAAUCUGGUUGGAAGCCUCAAAGAGGAAUGA